AUGGACGAAUUAAAGGAUGAUGAUAUCGAUGAAUCCAUGCGUGAGGAGGCUGCUUAUCGUAAAGAAUUUGAGCCUGUACCACCAUGGAAACGUGAGAAUAUUCCAGACUAUGGACCGUUACAGGAUCAUCAUCAUGUCGUCUUCUUUUUUAUUGUCGGCAUCGCAUGUACAAUCUUGUAUGAAAGUACGGACUAUUUCAACGAAAUCCAUCGAUGGUUGGCGUAUAUUGCGAUUUGGUUUCCAAUGUGGUUUCGUCUGCUUGGACGUGUAUCACCUGCAUUGACUGAUGAAGAGCUGGAUGCGAAAGAACGACGUGAGUUUGUGAAAGAACUGCAGAGAAUUGCAGAGGCAAAGGAUGAGAUUGACAAUUGA